AUGGAUGUACCUUAUCCAGACUUAUCUUUUGUGGAUAUAAACAGUCUAGCUUAUUCAUUUGAAGAUAUAUCUAUCCAUAAAGUAGACAAUGACAAGCAAAAAGUGAUCGAUACAAUAGUAUUACCAGUACUUGAACUCAUGGAUCAAUACAAAUGUUUGCAUCCAUCAUACAAGGAUAUGUUAUCAUACUUAGGAAACCAUAGUAAAUUCAAUGAAAAUUGGGCCCAGAGUAUUAAUUCCCAUUCUUUGAAUGUAAUCAAUGAAACUACAACGAAAUUGACAGAAUAUCUGUUACAAGAACCCGAAUCACUGUAUGGAGAGAAUAGCUCUAGGGGCCAUGAUUUAAUAGAUCCGGUGAAACGUGUGAUUAUAAUAUAUCUUGUCACGGGUAAUUACGCCUCUGCCACGAGUCUCUUGGCACAAUUCAGCUCAAACGUACAAUUUUAUUCUCAACCCAUUACAAUUGAAGAAUUCGUUUCCAAUAGAUUUAUGGAGUUUCUAUUGUAUCUGACGAUGGUCAAUGUCGAAACUUCUUGGUUUUCUCCUACAUCAUCGGCAGCUGAGAAUGCCCUGACCUUCCAAAUCAGCAAAACUACUGGGAAUGGUCCAAAGUCUGCUACAAAUAGCAGUGUGGGCGCUUCUAACAGCUCAAUUGCCAACGCCAAUAAUAAACGAGGGUCCAUUGGUAGUGGAAAUGCCUCUACUAGCAAAAAGGAUUCCAUCUUUAAAAAGGCUACCCUUUACUACACAAAGAAUAAACAUCACUUCAAUAGUGGACAACUGCAAUCAAAUUAUGAGUUGGCUUGUUACUGGCUCAUUUGUUGGUUGAGAUUAACUGACUUGUUUAGGAAAUGUGAGUUUACUGAAUUCUAUCAAGAAUUCAUUUCCUUAAUUUCUAUUGUGCCUGUACGUUCAACCAACUCUCCAUUGGAUGUUAUAACUGAUCCUGCCUAUUCCAAUUUGAAGUCCCUGUUAGUCAUUAUGUUUGGUAUCUGUCUGUCUCUAACACUCCCAUUCAAUCAACUUUCAUUCUUAAACCAUGGAGAACUUGAAUCAACAAAGAUUACCAUUAUAGAUUUGUUUACUCUUGGUCCCGAAUCAAACAAAUCAAUGAUAAAUUCAAACUUGCUUCUUUCACACUUCUAUAACGUUCUAGUGGCUCUCUCCGAAACAAAAUUUGAAAAGGCAAAGUCUCUUUUAGAUCCUACAUUUACUCAGAAACUCCAAUCUUGUCUCGGAUAUAUCAUGCCACGUCGGAAAAGUGGUACUGUAUCAUUUUUAGAUUUCUUCAUUCAAACAAUUGAUUUCAAAGUAUUUCUCAUGAUUAUGUCCAAUAUGAAGAGAAUCCCUCGAGUUAGACUCUUACAAUUCUUGGGAUAUCUGGAGACAAGAACAGAUAUUUUGGAAAAACUUUUGCAAUUUAUGUCAGCUAUGAACUUGGGAGAACUUGGGUUUGGGUUUGAUACAGUGGGUGAUUACUUCUACAAGUAUGAUAAUCCAGACCGUCAUGUCAUAUCUGCUCGCCAUGAGGUUGAAGACUUGCAACAAUCCCUCGAAGGAGAUAGUCUUGGUGAAUUAGUUCGUGGGUUAUUGAUUGAGAGAUUCUUUGCAGUUGGUUAG